AUGAUAACUCCUAGAUGGAAACGUCUCGUGCGAUUCAUUGCCGAGGAUGAUUGGAGGGAGUACAUUGGUGAACCAGUCGAUGAGAACCUUGACGUCGGGGCCGCCCUGGCCGCAUCUCUCCCCGUCCCUGCUCGAGUUUUCACUGGAAUCUCAGCCCUGGACGUCUCAGCAGAACCUACAUCAAAGAUUCUCAACAUCCAAAAGCUUCUCCCACCCCUUACACGCAAAGAAAUCGGCACGAUCCGUUGCAUCGGCCUCAACUAUCGCAAACAUGCCAAGGAGAUGAACCUCGAUCUCCCGGAGCACCCCACUCUCUUCUUCAAGCCUGCAAGCUGUCUCAACGCGUCAAACGCACCGCUCCUCAUUCCCCACCAAGCAACAGAUCUGCAAGCAGACUACGAGGCCGAGCUAGCCGUCAUCAUCGGCCGUGACGCCAGAAACGUGAGCGUGGAGGAUGCCAUGAACUAUGUGCUCGGUUACAUGUGCUCCAACGACGUCACGGCGAGAAAACAUCAGUUCGCUGGUGCUCAGUGGGGAUUCGGGAAGGGAUUUGACGGCUUUGCCCCGAUGGGCCCAUGUAUCGUCAGCGCGAGCAGCCUCCCAGACCCUUCAGUCAUUGAGCUGAAGACUGUCCUCAACGGGGAGGUCAUGCAGGAAGGUAGAGGGGACGACAUGAUUUUCUCCAUCGCCGAGAUCGUGGCGUAUCUGUCUCAAGGCACAACGCUGGAGGCUGGGACGGUGAUCAUGACGGGAACUCCCCACGGAAUCGGCGUGAGCAGGACUCCGCCUGUUUUCUUGGCUCCUGGGGAUGACCUGCGCAUCGUCAUGAGUCACGGCCUAGGAAGCUUGGUUAAUAAGGUGGAAUAUGAGGAGAAGCCUCAGAAGAACACGAACGGAACAAAUGGGGUUAAAGUGGUCAACGGAGUGAAUGGCAUGAAAGAGGUCAAGGUCAACGGAUUCCAUUGA